AAUUGAGCCUCCAUAAAUGACUGCACAGAAUAAAUCUGUGUAGCCUCCAAGUGGACCGUGUGCAUAGGCAUGUUACACCCUUAUAUUUCAGAGGGAGCUGGGUGUGUUUCCUUGUGAUAAAGCACCAGCUUAUGCAGCACAUCUUUAUUGACAGGGAAACAAAGAAGGGGCUGUGGCUCCUCAGUCCCUCUUCUGUUGGAGGUGAAAGAGUGAAGAACCCUUUGCUGUUAAAAACGCUUCUUAAAUUCCAGUGCAAACACGGCUAGAGUUGCAUUCUUCUCACAGCUUUUUGUACAAUGGCUCUGAGGUUAAGGUACGCAAACUCUGUAUCUGUCGCAGGGCUCGGCUAUCUCGUUACAGCAGCUGUUCUUCUUUCAGCUGUGCCUGUCAGCAUGGUGGAACACGCUGAGUUUCUGAAGGCUGGAAAGGAGCCGGGCCUACAGAUCUGGCGGAUUGAGAAAUUUGAUUUGGUACCUGUGCCAAAAAACCUGUAUGGAGACUUCUUCACUGGAGAUGCUUAUCUGGUUCUGAACACCAUCAAACAGCGGAGUGGGAACCUGCAGUAUGACCUGCAUUUCUGGUUAGGGGAUUUCUGUAGUCAGGAUGAAAGCGGUGCAGCUGCCAUAUUCACUGUUCAGAUGGACGAUUAUCUUCAUGGGAAGGCUAUCCAGCAUCGGGAGGUGCAAGGGCACGAGUCUUCAACUUUCCUGGGAUACUUCAAAUCCGGCCUGAAGUACAAAGCUGGUGGAGUUGCCUCUGGCUUCAAGCAUGUGGUUCCCAAUGAGGUGACUGUCCAAAGAGUCCUUCAGAUCAAAGGCAGGCGAGUGGUUCGAGCUACUGAGGUCCCUGUGAGCUGGGACAGUUUCAACAACGGAGAUUGUUUCAUCCUUGAUCUGGGCAGUGACAUCCACCAGUGGUGCGGCUCCAAGAGCAAUCGGUUUGAGAGGCUGAAGGCCACCCAGGUGGCUAAGGGGAUCCGGGAUAAUGAGCGGAGUGGCCGUGGCAAUGUCUACGUGGUGGAGGAAGGGUCAGAGCGGGAGCAAAUGCUGCAGGUUCUGGGACCUAAGCCCGAUCUGCCAGAAGGAGUCGCUGAUGACCUCAAAGCUGACGCAUCCAAUAGAAAGCUGGCUAAGCUGUAUAAGGUCUCCAAUGGUGCAGGGAACAUGGCUGUCUCUCUGGUAGCAGACGAGAAUCCGUUCUCCCAGGCUGCACUGGACUCCAAUGACUGUUUCAUUCUGGACCAUGGCUCUGAUGGGAAAAUCUUCAUUUGGAAAGGCAAGAAGGCCAACUCUGAAGAGAAGAAGGCAGCCCUGAAAACUGCUUCCGAGUUUAUCUCUAAGAUGCGGUACCCCAAACACACCCAGAUCCAAGUCCUGCCCGAGAGCGGCGAGACCCCCUUGUUCAAGCAGUUCUUCAAGAACUGGCGGGAAAGGGACCAGACGGAGGGGCUAGGCACGGCCUACAUCUCCAGCCACAUCGCACGGGUCGAGAAGGUGCCCUUCGAUGCCGCCACGCUGCACAACUCCACAGCCAUGGCUGCCCAGCAUGGCAUGGAGGACGAUGGCUCUGGCAAGAAACAGAUCUGGAGAAUAGAAGGCUCUGCUAAAGUGCCCGUGAAUCCUUCGCUGUAUGGCCAGUUCUACGGAGGGGACAGCUAUAUUAUCUUGUAUGACUACAAGCACGGUGGAAAAACGGGACAGAUUAUCUACACUUGGCAGGGUGCAGAUUCCUCCCAGGAUGAGAUUACAACCUCCGCAUUCCUCAGCGUCCAGCUGGAUGAAGAGCUGGGAGGCAGCCCCGUGCAGAAACGAGUGGUGCAGGGAAAAGAGCCAGCUCAUCUGAUGAGCAUGUUUGGCAGGAAACCUUUGAUUGUCUACAAGGGUGGAACCUCCAGGGAUGGAGGCCAGACAGCCCCAGCUGCAACACGGCUGUUUCAGGUCCGGUCCAGCACCUCUGGAGCCACCAGAGCAGUGGAGCUGGAUGCUGUUGCCAGUGAACUGAACUCCAACGAUGCAUUUGUCCUGAAAACUCCCUCCACUGCUUACCUUUGGGUUGGCCAAGCAGCCAGCGACACCGAGAUAUCUGGGGCACAAGAGCUGCUGAAGAUUCUGGGAGCUCGCCCAGUACAAAUUGCUGAGGGAAGCGAGCCAGAUAGCUUCUGGGAAGCUCUGGGUGGAAAAGCUGUGUAUCGCACCUCCCCCCGGCUGAAGGACAGGAAGAUGGACGUUAACCCCCCUCGCCUCUUUGCCUGCUCAAACAAGAGCGGACGCUUCAUUAUUGAAGAGGUUCCCGGAGAGCUAACCCAAGAUGACCUUGCUACAGAUGAUGUUAUGAUCCUUGACACAUGGGACCAGGUCUUUGUCUGGAUCGGAAAUGAGGCUCAUGAAGAGGAAAAGACUGAGGCCGUGACAUCCGCCAAAAGGUACAUUGAGACUGAUCCUGCCAACCGAGAUAAGAGAAUUCCUAUCACUAUCAUCAAGCAAGGAUUUGAACCUCCCACCUUCUCUGGCUGGUUCCUGGGCUGGGAUGAUGAUUACUGGACUGUUGAUCCUCUGGAAAGGGCCAUGGCAGAGCUGGCUGCCUAAGCAAAGAGGAUCCUUUUUUAAAUAGAGCAAGUUUGGUGCCUUCAAUGCCUACAGAGCUAGUUCCUCCUGCAGAAGACACAUUAAUGUGGCAACUGUUUUUAAUAGCCAACUAGCUGUGCAAUAAUUAAAGAAAUUCAUGAUGA